AUGCUGCAAACAAUUAUGAAUCGUAAGCGCGGUGGACGACGCCGACUGAGUAGCAAGAAAAACACGCCAAGGAAGGAAAAGGCAGCUACUGCGAAUGGUACUGGAAAAGCGAACUGUUCAGAUCAAAAAAUCACUGAUUUCUUCCCAUUGCGCAGAAGCAAUCGAAAAACUGAAAAGCAGCUUGAGGAAGAAGAGCGAAAUGCGAUGGAAGAAGCAAUUUUAACGAGUGCUAACGAGAAAUUCCUGGAAGUUUUUGAAUGUAAGGAAAAGGGUCGUGGGAUUCGAACCCUCCGCGAAUUCCACAAAAAUGAAUUCGUGGUCGAAUACAAAGGCGAUAUCAUUGACAUGAGGUUGGCCAGGAUACGAGAGAAGGAGUAUGCAGAAGAUGACAAUAUUGGCUCAUUCAUGUAUUUCUUCAAAUUCAAGAACAAGCAGUAUUGCGUGGAUGCGACCGAUGAAACAUCAGACAAAGGGCGACUGAUAAAUCAUUCCGUGCUAAGGCCAAAUCUCAAAACUAAGGUUGUGGAAUUGAAAGGAACGAAACAUCUCAUACUGAUUGCAAAGAGGGAUAUCGAGAUUGGCGAGGAAUUGCUUUACGAUUAUGGGGAUCGGACACCGUGUUCU